AUGAGCGCCCUCCGCGCGGUGGUCUCUCGCCUUGUACCUGGGCGAGCCAUUCCGUACACAGAACUCUCUGCAGCUGCGCUCCUCGUCCCGUCAUCCCUGUCGUCCGAGGCCGACCUCCAUGCGCUGCAAGUCCACACCGCUACUGCCCUCCACGUCCUGACCACUGCUGGGGACUCUCCGCUCGAGUCAAUCCCGCCGUUGGCUGAUGUGGCUGCAAAGUGUUUUGCUCGUCAUGAUGAUGGUGCCGCCCACAUCGCCGCCGGCGCUGCUCUCCCGCACCCGCCGCUCCUCCCGCCGCUCGCGCGCUCGCUCGCCCAUGUGUUCAAGACUCGCCCGUCCACGGCAGACGAUGUGGCUCUGCAUGAUGCUGUUGUGGCAGCAAUCGAUGACAUUGCUGCUGCUGGCUGUGAUGGUGCGUCGCCGCAGCACAUCGCCUCUGCCGCCCUCGCUCUCGACGGCCUCCACAUUGCCCGCCCCGACACCGCUUCCCGCCUUGUUGACGCCGCGGUGGCCUUGGUCUCCAGCAAUGACUCACACGGCUUUGUCGCUGCAAUGGCGCUCCGCUGGCAGCUCGACACCGAGGCAACGCGAGAGCUCAUUGCCGGCGUUCUCGGGACACGCCCCACCUCGCUCGACGAUGUCGCACGCCUGUACGUCGACGCCAUGGCUGCGCCGAGCUCGCGCGCCGCCGCUGUGGGUGCCGCACUGUGCGGCAACAUGGCAGCCAAGCUCGCAGAGGCCGCGCAGCGGAGCAAGCCGUCGCCGGCCGACAUUGCCGCCCUCGCCCGUAUGCUCGAUGCCGCUACGACCAAGCCGCCGGCCGCCGCCCUCGUCUGGGACGCGCUCGAGUCGGUUGACGCCUUUCCGGCCGCUCCCCUCGUCGACUCGCUCCUCCCGCUCCUCCACGCUGCCAUAACCGGCGGUAUCAACGUAACUACUUCGGCGCCUGUCACUCGCGCGCUUUGCGAUGCUGUUGGGCCGUGGCUCGAGGCCGCCGAGUCGGGCCGCCAGCUGUGGCAGCGCGCUGCGACUCUCGCCCGCCUUCACCGCCACAUCGGCCGCAACGAGGUCCGCGCCCGCAUUGUCGCCUCCCUCUACGAGCCCGCGGCGCACGUCGACGCACCCACGCCAGAAACGGUCGACCACAUGAUGGACGUCCUCGCCUCGCUCGACACCUCGAUUGCGCUCCUCGACAAGCACCCGCCACUCCGCGCUGUUGUCGAGCGCCUGGUUGGCUCUGCACCGUGGACUGCGCACCGCUGGCCAUCGUGGUGGGACGAUCUUGUCUCGCCUGCCCUCCGCCUCGCGGCGCUCAACACCUUGCCUAACGCUCCGCGACCGCCGCAUGCACACGCGCUCGCCGCGCUCGCACGCUGCGGCAUCGACGCCCCCGAACCCGCGUGGGACGCGGCACUAGCCGAGCUCAACGCUUCGCCGUCGGCCACUUGGGCGCUCGACCGGGUUGUUCCGGUCCUUGCCGCCGCGCCGCAGACCGGCCAGCGGGCUCGCAUCCUGCACCGCGCGCUUGGUGCCGCCGCCAAUGCGCUGCUCGUUCCGCACCGCGCCGCGCUCCUCUCGCGUCCCACGCUUGUUCAGCUUGCACACGCCGCCCUUGCCGAGCCUGGCCUCGACGAUGCGCCGGGCCUUGUCCCGCUCCAUGCUACCCGAAUCAUCCAGGCCGCACUCGGCCUCGCACCGCGGCUGCGCUCAUCGGCGCCGCUUCCGCUCCUUGCUUCAGCCUCCAAGCUGUUCCCGGACGCCAUGCGGACGUCGGUGACGGUUCCAUCGCAUCUGGCUGGCCCGGUCACCAUCGCUCUGCACCACGUUCUUGACGCCCGUACCGCCAUCGAGGUUGUUCCGCCCGCAGAGCUGGUUGUCGUCCCAGCCACACGCAUGCUCUCUGGCCUCACCGCCGCCCGCCUCGCGCUCCUUGACACGGUGUCAGACCUGAGCAUUGUGCCAGUCCAUGCCCCGCAGCUGCGGCGCGCCAAGUCGCGGACCCGCCUCGCCGCUGCGGUUGCCCGCAUCCACAAUUCGCUGCCAGACUCGGCGUAACGCGGCUUUUACUCGGACGCUCGCUUUGUUUCACACCGCAAGCUCGCCGGUCGGGCCAAAGGCCUCGAACCGGAUCGCCGUCUUGGCCACGCCUGCAGCAGCCAGUCCCGGGAGCAUGGUCGUCAUGAAGCUGCGCGGCCCGCAGACGUAGACGCAGAGGCCGGGCGCGUCCACGGCGACACCCUCUUCGCCCAGCUUGGUCACAAUGUCAGCUGCGGUGAGCCGGGCGUCGCCCUCGCGGGUGUACCGAUGCACGAUAGUAGCUCCAGCAAGGCCGGCCAGAGCAGGCUCGAGCGCCGCGGCCUUGCGCGUCCGCGCCGAGGUGAAAAUGAUGACCUUGGAGCCGGCGGCCGUCGCCUGCGAUGCCAUUGGCAGCAGCGGAGUAACGCCGAUUCCCGCGCCGAUAAAGACCUCGACCGGGUUACUGGCGAGGCUUGCCGGGCGGCCAAAGCCGCCCAUGGGCGCGCGUGCCCUGAUUUCGGCGCCGGCCUCGAGCGAGGUGAGCCACGACGAGAAGAGGCCGUCCGGCGUCUCGGCGCUCUCACCUUCGAGCUUCUUGACUGUGAUGGAGAGCUCACGGGCGGCAACCUGCUCUGCGCUCGGCUCGGUGGUGAUGGUGUAGUGCCGCGGGCCGUGCGCCGGCCAUUGGGCCGGUGGCAGGACCGUCAAGUACUGGCCUGCGGAGAAGACCGGUCGAAGCGACUCGUCCUUGACCCGCAGCCGCAGCGUCUUGCAGCACUCGUCCUCGCUCACGGUCUCGACGGCCAGCACCUCG